GUCCGCGUCUCCUCCGUGUUGCGCUGGUUCUCAGUCAACUCCGACGGCUGCCAACAGCUGCUCCGCUCUACCGAGCUUUCGGCUUGUAUACGUACGACAUAUAUACACGCGGAGCUUUUAACUGCCAAGCCGGCUGUGUUGUACGUACAAUAUUCGUACUUAUAUACAUACAUGUGUAUAUAUAUGUAACGUGAAAAUGACACAGUAGAGUAGCAGUAAAGGGGCACUGCACGGAGUUUGUGAGCGAGUGUGUACAUAACAUAUCUAUACGUGUGUAGGUGUUGUGCGGGCCAGUAUGGUAUAGAAAAGUCGUCGGCGAGUAUAUUAAUAGAAAAAAGGGGCGCACUGCACGCGAGCGCGGCGAAAGAAUUACGUACUCGUAGAAGAGGAGGAGAGAAACAGUCUCGUGUCGGACGCGCGCACAAGCAGUUUUCUUUUUUUCUUCUCCCCCCCCGACGUUGUACGCGUGACCGUGGCGCGUUAAACGCUUCGUACGUGCAAAUUUGAAGUUUCGAUGGCUGCUGAUGGAUCAUCCGAGGAUGUGGUGUGGCCUCGGUGCGAGUAGUUGUAAGGUACACAAGGUGGAAGAAGGAGGAACCGGACGAGAGGACGAGUGAUCGGGACAAAAACUAGGAGGCGGAGGAGAGCGCAGUGGCUGUGGAUGUACACUGUGGCGCUGACGCUCGGUAAAGGGCUGCGGGAUCGUCGAACGGCAGCCGGACAACAGUAGCAGCACUCGAUGAGUUUCCGAGCAUCAGCCGGAGGAUCGGCAUCGCGUGGGCCGAGAGACGAUACUUACCACCGGGAGUGACGUGACCUGUCCAGGAAGCAAAAGGGAAAAACAUCGAGGUAAUAUUUUCAAGGAUUUUCAAACGGUAACUUUGUCGAUGCAGCAGUACGGAAUCUAGCAAGCAGUGGCAAUGGGCUCAGGUGCGAGCACUGUGGGUGGCGCGAGGAAACGGCAGCAACAGCAGUACCAGUCCUCGACGAGAACGUUGGUAACAAAGUCGGGGAUAACAGCGACGACGGGGACAACGACAGAGGAGGAGCCGAUGAGACUGUCCACGGGCUUGGGAUUUAUGGACGACACCUUCGCAGCCGCCACCAUCGUCCCGAUGUAGACCAACGCUGGGGACAAGUCAAGAGUAGAGGGGGGCAAUCUCUCCCUCGCUCUCUCCGACCCUUCGAGCUUUUAAUAUCGCGGAGAGACUCGCAGCAGACAGGGGGAGACACGAGGAGCACACGGGCGUCUGGACGAGAGGCGAGGAUCUCGUUGCCGGAGGCUUGCCUUCGAGCCGUCACGACGGCCGGCCACAGUAGCAGCAGGAGCGACAGCCAGCGCCACUCCCGCGUCGACCUCCACCCCACGUGGCCUGCGCUAUUACCUGAUAAGAGCUGGAGAAGCGGCCGCAGCCGCAGCAGCCUCGGAGCUCUGAGGAGCUGGAGGAUUUGCAAAAGCAGCUGCACUUCCCGGAGGAGGUGGCGCUCAGGCUGGCCGAGGUCGAGUACCAGUUGUUUCAUCAAGUGCCACCGGACGGCUUCCUCCGCCACGUGGCCAAGGACUUUGCGGCCCAACACCGUAAAAAACAAAAGGACCAGCACCAAGAGCGAGAGGAGCAGCAACAGACGGGCCUCGCCACAAGCUCCACGCAAACGGACGACGAGGACAGCUGGCCGGUCAACGUGCAAACGCUCAUCAAUCGGUUCACCGAGGUGAAAACAUGGGUGUACAACGUGACUCUGCACGCCUCGACGAGCGAGGAGAAGCAAGCGUUGCUCUCGUGCCUGGUGCGCGUGGCUCAGACCUGCUGGAACAUCGGCAACUUUAACUCCGCCAUGGAAAUCGUUGCUGGUCUCAACGGUUUUGACACGCAGAGCCACGGUCUGAAGCCGCACUGGCACUCGAUAUGUGAUAAGGUACCGGUACUCGAUUGGCUCUCUUCCGCACUUGUGUCUUCCGAAUAUGAGAUCGCCCUGGAGCGCGCCCUGGCGAUGCCCGAGUGCCCGGUGGUGCCCUUCUUUGGAGUCUUCUUGCGCGAGCUUCGGGAGAUCUACAGUAACACCUCGAAGCAAGCCCAGGAGUGCAGAGAGAAAGAGACUUUGCGCGCUAGCAGUAGGGAGGGCGAGACGACCGCCCUCGAUAACGUGCCUUUACCCUCGCCCGGUGCGAGACUCGACGUCGACCAGGUAGCCUGCGACUCGUCCCACUCUCCAUCCACCACCUCCCACCGCACCCCCCAGCAGCUGCAGCCCCAGGAUGCGGAGCAUCUCGCCCAGCAGCCACCGCAACCCCGGCGCCGGGUGCUCGAGCGGGGCGAGAGCCGCUCGGAGCAGCCCUCGCCCGGCAGACGCAAGCUCUCCGAGAACGACCUGUGUGCGGCGACGGCCACCGUCAUCGAUAAGGUGAUGGUGUUCCAUCAGCACCACCACGCCCGGGGCAGGGACGCGACGACGGGCUCGCUCCACCGCACGUUGAGCGUGCACACGACGACCUUGGAGUCGGCGUACAUGGCCGAGGAGUGCGACGAGAACGAUUAUCAUCUGGACCUCGACUCGUACCGGCCCAUACAGCCCCUCAAGCACGACCACGGGGUUUCGCUCUUUCCCGUCGCCGCGCCCCACAAUGGCAUGGACCUGCACCUCCUUCAGCUGCUCCACCACGGCACGACGCUCGUCCACUGGGAGUACGAGGGCACGAGUUCCCGCACAGCCCUGGUGUACGCGCGCGUCGACCGCGCCUGCGGGGCCUUCCUGUGGGAGAAGCCCAGCUGGAGUCCCUUGAAGACGAGCGCGGGCCUAACCCCGGGCGUCUCCUCCUCGUCGGCGGCCGCCGAGUUCUGCCUGUCCAUAAACCAAGAGGAGGUGGUCACGAGCAGCCUUAUGAACCGGUACUCGGCCCAAGCGGCAGACUGCGCUUCCAUAAGCCUCGAGGAGGGCUACCUCGACCUGUCGUGCGUCAAGGAGGUCAUGAUCGGCUGCUGCGACAGGGAGCGCGACCAAGAGCUCAGGGCGAUCUGCAAGCGGUACGGCCUGCCCGGCUCGGACUCGUGCAUCGGCCUCAUGUACGGCGCCGGCCUCUCCGACAACCGGCUCAUCUUCCUCCUGUGUCCCCCCGCCCUCAGCAAGAUCUGGUACAUGGGGCUGUGUUGGGUGCUGCGGGGCCUCAAGCGCCAACAGCAGCUGACGGACCGGCGCUCGCGUUGGCUCAAGGAGAAGUACCUGCAGCUGUACUUCGAGGAGGGCUGCAACGAGCCAACCACGGCGGACGCGAUACGGGUGUUUGGGGGCAGGGACUGGUCGAUGACGGAGAACGUCGGCACCCUGUCGCCCACCAGCAGCAACGUGACGCGCAAACGCAACGCCAAGAGCAAAAAGACCAAGUCCAUCGGCAACAUACACGCUCUUACCAAGGUAAACGCCAGGGACCUGAGCUUCAAGCAGUACGACCCCAGCUGCUCGUCCACCGAAGCCGGACUGUCUCACGUGGGCGCCGGGGCCCUCAGGCACGGCAGCCGGGAAUCCCUCACCAAGUGCAUCAUGCCCGCCUCGCCGAGGUCGGGCCGCGGGGUCGAGCGCGCCCCGCCCGCCCGCAGCCCACCCGCCGGCUCCACGGCUGAGCGCGUCGCCAACCUACCCUACGCCAGUCUACAGAGCCUGCUGUGCGUCACCCGGGACAAGGAGAAGAACGGCUCGAGCCCGGGGGGCACGGGUGGCGGGCUGUUGUGCCAAAGUGGGGGCAUCGAGGCGCCCUGGCAGGUCAAGACCGGGGCGAGCUCCAUCAUGUACGAGACCCAGCUGAACUUUGUCGAGUUCGUCGCGCUGUUCCGGUCGUUCAGCCUCAGGGCGAGGAAGGACCUGAGGGACCUCUUUGGACAGCUGGCCAUCACCUGCAGGAGCCAAAGCGACGGAUCCCUCCAGGACUUUAGCAUCAGACCCUCGGUCCUGAGGCAGACGAGCGACGCCACCCCACAGCGGAUCGGGCUGCUGACGCGCAACAACUCCAUCGACUGCCACGAGUACAAGAGCGGUAGCAACAUGCGCAAGAAGCAGAUCUUCGACGCCAUCGCCUCGGCGAGCAUAGUGAACAAUUGCUCGGGUGUUGACACGUCAAAGUCCCAAGUCAUCACCCUCGCGACUUUUACAAAAUUCCUCGAGUCCCGGCAGCAGGAGAAACUCGCCGACGAGCAGAUCAAGGCGCUCAUCAAGAGACACGAGCCGGAUCCAGCUCUGCGUACCCAGUGGUGCUUGUCGUUCGAGGGCUUUGCCCGUUACAUGAUGGACAAGGACAAUUACGCCUUCCCGAACGAGUACGCGCUGCCCGACGAGACCGAGAUGGAGCAGCCCAUGUCCCAGUACUACAUAGCCAGCUCGCACAACACCUAUCUGACCGGCCACCAGCUCAAAGGCGAGUCGUCCGUGCAGCUUUACUCGCAGGUCCUGCUGACUGGCUGCCGGUGCGUGGAAUUGGACUGUUGGGACGGCGACGACGGUUUACCCCUGAUCUACCACGGCCACACUUUCACCACGAAAAUCCCGUUUCGGUCCGUCGUCGAGGCGAUAGACAGGAGCGCCUUCGUUAGCUCGCCCUACCCCGUCAUCCUUUCGAUCGAGAACCACUGCUCGCAAACCCAACAGGCCCGAAUGGCUCACAUCUUCCAGUCGGUGUUUGGCGAGAAGCUGGUGACAAAGUUCCUGUUCGACACCGACUACGAGACCGAGGCCCAGCUACCCUCGCCAUCGUCCUUGCGCUACCGCAUACUCAUAAAAAACAAAAAACUGGUGGUCGACCCAACGGGUCCCCUGGCCUCGUCAGCGCCCGCCCACCGGGGCAAGAUCCUUAUGUCCGACCGGGCUUCGUCCAUGAAGCAAUUUCGCGCCGAGCCCAACGUCACCCUCGGCGACGACUACAGCGAGGACGACGACGAUGACGAGGACUUUUACGAGGACGACAACGCCGAUGCGAUAUUCUCGCGCUUUCUAGAAAACUCGAUAACGAGCAGCGAGCCCUACCAGGGCGGUCCCUCGGUGCACGGUAACCGCCUGCGAAGCGAUCCCACGGUCGACGACAAGACCCUCAAGCAGAGCAGCCAAAUCGCCAAGGAGCUCUCGGACCUCGUGGUCUACCUCCAGGCCAUCAAGUUCCGGGGGUUGAACACCGCGCCCGGGCCGUCAGCGAAGCCCCGCCACCAGCAGCACACGGCCCAAGUCCAGCGGCACAGUAUCGCGGGUAUAGGCACCGGUGGGGGCACGGGUGGCGCCGUCACCUCCUCGACCGGCUCGCCCCAGAGCUUGUCGACCUCGACCUCGGUGGCCAGUGGCAGCAGCGCCAUCGAGAACCCCUUCAAAUCGCAGCAGCACAACACGAGGCCGAUGCCAGCCUGUUUCCAGACCUCGUCGUUGAACGAGAGCUCGGCCAAGAAGACCUGUCGCAAGCAGCCCCUCAACGUCCUGGCCCACGCGGAGACGCAGCUCAUAAGGACCUACCCGGCCGGGAUGCGCAUCGACUCGUCCAACUUCAAUCCGGUGAUAUUCUGGGCCUUUGGCAUACAAAUGGUCGCCCUUAAUUACCAGACGGACGACGCGGCACUCCACUUGAACGCAGCCAUGUUCGAGCAGAACGGCCAGUGCGGCUACGUGCGCAAACCCUCCGUCAUGUGGGACAAGAGUCACAUGAUGUACAGGCGUUUCAACCCGUGGGACAAGGAGUUUGACGGACUGCACUCGGCCCACCUGACCCUGUCCGUCGUCUCGGGCCAGUACGUGUCACCGUCUAACCUCCUGAGCAGCACGUACGUCGAGGUCGAGCUGGUCGGCAUACCCAUCGACUGCGCCAAGCACAAGACCAAGAGCAUCCAGGCCAACUCGCUGAAUCCCAUCUGGAACGAGAAAUUCUGCUUCCAAGUGAUGUUCAAGGACCUCGCGUUCCUCCGCUUCGGCAUCAUGGACGCGAGCUCCCACCACCCCAUAGCCCAGCGCGUCCUGCCCCUAAAGAGCCUGCGACCCGGCUACCGACACGUCCGGCUUCGUUCCAUGAAAAACCGGCCCCUCGCCCUCUCGACCCUCUUCGUCUACUCGCGCAUGGAGGAGGAGAGCCUCGACUACGACAGCACCUGCUGCAACCGCAACCACAACCGCGAGGCCGCGUCCGCCACCUCGUCCUCGAAGCGGCUCUCCUCCAGCCGCGAGCUCGACAAACUCGCGAGCGUCGAGCACGCGGGCCACCUGGGUGGCGUCACCCUCAAGCGCCGCAUGUUCUUCCUCAUGGUCUACCACGUCCUGCCCAACGAGCCCUACAUCAUACUCAAGGUCAUGCAGGAGAGCACCACCAAGGACGUGAUGCUCCAGGCCCUGGCCAAAGCCGGCACCUCGGCCGACCACCUCGACGAGUACAUCCUCGUGGAGGAGGUGUCGCGCAGCUGGGAGAAGCGCAGCCGGGACGAGCUGCCCACCCAGCGGGUCCUCGAUCCCACGGAACGGCCCCUCGAGGCCCAGUCCCACUGGAAGGGCGAGGGCCGCUUCCUCCUGAAGCGCGUCGGCGACGACCCGAGCAGCCGCGCCUGGCUCGCCUCCAUCCGCAGCACCGCCGGCCACGCCAAGCGCAACGGCGACUCGGGCGUCGACACCGUCGUCGGAGGUGGCCCCAAUAACCCCGGUGGCCCAAAUCCCAGCUCGGUCGCGCCGGGGGGAGGGGACGCGACCGCGACCACCCACAUCUGGGAGGAGGCGGACACGUUUCUGGUGUGCGUGUACAACGUGUCCCCGGACAUACCGUACGCGAUACUGCGGGUGCCGGUGACGAGCUCGGCCCAGGACGUGCUGGCCCAGGCGCUGAUAAAAGCCCGGCGGAUGGAGGACCCGGCCAAGUUCGCCCUGGUCGAGGAGCUCGAGUGGGGGGGCAGCGGGGCCAUGGGCAGCGGCAAGGUACAGUUUCGCAUCCUGGGGGACGAGGAGAACGUGUACAGCACCCAGGCGUGCUGGAAGACCCUGGGCAGGUUCAUACUGCGGGAGCGUGAGCACGCCCUGCCCCGUAGGCACCUGCUGCCGGCGACCCUCGACAAGAUAAGCAAGGGCUUCUCGGUGGGGAGGUCGGUGUCGUUGCCGGGCUCGAGCAAGGAGAAGCUGCCCGUGACCGAGGCACUGUCGGAUCCGACGUCGCGCAGUGUGCGCAGCCGGUUCUUGAUGAUGGGCCGCAGGCGGGAGGUACACUCGGACGGCGAGGAGGGUCGCCCGGAGUCCGCGGCCUCCUCCUCGGACCUGCUCAGCGCCGCGAUGCACCUCAAGAAGGUGUCCGCGAGGAAGCUCCGCGCGUGGAAGUCAUAGUGGCAGUCGAGGGCGACGUCGUUGUCCUCGAUGCUCGCCACUCGGAGAAACUGCACUGAUCGGCCUUGAGAGUAUACAUAUACCGUAUGAUUUGUUGUCGCUGGUUUAUCGUAUGUAUAGACUAUAAUUAUACCUUUGGAGCGUUGAGAAAGAGUGUAUCGUCCUCGACGCCAACUUGAUUCAUUUGUCGCAAUUUCCUUGCCCCGCGUACAGUAAACCAUGUGUACCGAGCACAGGAGACUCUGGAUUUAAAG